UCCUACGUCGGCACCCUGCGUGCACACUGCGCAUGCGCAUUAUGUACUUGUUCUUCUUAAAUCCACGUGAGCCAGCAGUAGUGCUUCAUAUUCACAAAUCAAGAUAUCAUAGUCUGGGUCUAACAUUAUUUUCCUACUUAAUCUUUAAGUUCUCUUCUACUGUCCAAAAGUUCCACCACUAAGAUUACGCUAUAUAAAGACAUCCCCACAUUCGCAAUCUAUUUUUUAUUUUUUCCUUGUUUCUCUGUGUAUUCCCAUUUUUUUAAACCAUUUUUUGUUAUGCCUUCUCUGCUCAUUUCCGUGUUUGUGUUUGAUUCUUUUGACGUGUUGCAAUUUUGUUCAACGUGUAUUGGUAAUGUAGGCUACAUAUUUUUCAGAAAGGCAUUUUUUUUUCUUCCAACAUCGUGGACGACGCUACGUAGCAUUCUGUGCGCAUGCGCCCUGCAGCUCAUCCUGUUGUAAACAUGGCGGACGGAGACCAGAAUGGGGAGUUUUUAUACGCGCCGUCGGGGGCGGCGCAGGUGAACAAGAUGAUCAGAGAGCACAGCGAGCUCUUCUCCGACUCGCAGUGCAGGGUGUGCAGCGCUGUGCUCAUCUCCGAGUCGCAGAAACUCGCGCACUACCAGAGCAAGAAACACGCCAACAAAGUACGUCGGUACAUGAGCAUCCGUAGUGACGACGAGCUUUCUGCAAAAAGGUUGAAGACCUCCACCGAUGACACUAGCCACAGCAACGGAGAGGUGGACCGCUACAAAGCUUGCUCUGUGUGCAACAUGACUUUCAAGACCCGAGUGGUUGCCGAGUCCCACUACCAAGGCAAGGUGCACGCCAAAAACCUGAAGCUCAAGACAUGUGGCUUCCAGAACCCAGCCUUAACGCUAGCGAAGGGUCAAGCUAAGAAGAAGGCUGACGGACAGGCGACGGCCCCCCAGGGUCCGGCGGAGGGUGAUCCCAACCGCUUUUGCGCCAUUUGCCAUGCUUCCUUCAACAACCCCCUCAUGGCCAAGCAGCAUUAUGCUGGCAAGAAGCAUAAGAAGCAGCUGACCAAGAUGAAGCUGAUGGAGACGUACGGGCCGGCCAGUGUGCCAGCCUCUACGGUCAAGGGGUAUCCAUGCACGGUGUGCAACAUAGAGCUCAACUCUGUGGAGCAGUACCAGGCCCACAUCACCGGCUCCAAACACAGGAACCAUAUGCGGUUGAAGCAGGAGAGUGGUCCUCUGGCCAGUCCUGCACAGCUCAGCGAACACUGCCCUCCAGACCAGCAGGUGGCGCCAGAGGACUGGAGAAACUGCAGCGCGGGACUACGAGAAACUAGAGAGUAACCCAAAAAAAGGGGCAGCGGAUGUUCCUUGGGGUGUGUUACUUUAGUGCAGGUCGUCAGAGGACUCUUCCAUGGAUUCGGAACAUGCCCAAGUAGUCUCACCUGUGAGCCUGUGAGCAUUCUCUGUCUGCUGUGUGUGGCUGUGUGUGUAUAUUCACACAUUGUGGGUGUGUGUGUAUAUGUACACUUGCGCAAAACUAAUAGAGAAACAGAUAUUUUCCCCUUUCCAAGGAAACGGACGAAGAUGUGAAGUCAAAAUCCACUUGGCAAUAUGUAUGUAACAGAGCUUACUAAACACGACACAUGUAGUAAGUUCUAAAUAGUGCUGCUCAUAACCGAUCCGUUCUGUUUAAUAACAAAGUUCUUAUUUUUAAAUUAUUGUGUGCGGCAUUGAAGCAAUCAUUGAAGUGUUUGCUUGAAGAUGCUCAAUACGUGUGGGUGUCCUAGAGUAAAGAUGAAUUGUCUUUCUCUGUCUUUUUUUAUUUUUUUUUUUUAAACAUACCGAUGAAACCCUGUUUUUGCUUGAAUUUGUCAGUAUGGAGCUCAUUCUGUGUUCACUGAUUUGCUGUAGCAAGACUUAUAAGAUCAUUAUUGGAUAGCCUGAUGCUGUUAUCUGACAUUUUCAUUUGUUUCAACAUCUUGCUGCUUUUGAGUGACACUGUUGCAUUAGUGUAGAGUAUCAGAUGUGCUCAGUGUUCCUUUACAUUUCCUCCGAUAUCAGUUUUUUUUAUACUCGCAUAUGGUUGGUACUAAUGUGAAGGAGAUGUUUUUAUCUGCAGUUUACUUAAUAGAUCUGUAAAUUUUUACUGAAGGUCUCCUAACUUGUAGUGAGAAAUUUGGUCAUUGGAGGUCCCGUGUGAUUGGUUACGUGGGUGAACGCGUACAGGAGCACUGAACUGUUUUAAUUUACCCCCGACUCUCAUGUUUUCCCAUUUUGUGUGUCUGCUUUUCGUCUUUGAAUGUGCAAUGUG